UUGUGGGGCCACUGAGCCGGGUGACGCGGAUGAGGACAGUCGGGCCGGAUGCUGCAAGGGGGCUUCAAAAAAAUUUGAAUUUUGAAAGCGAGUAUGUUUUUCACCCUUGUAACCCGAUAGAUUUUAAAAGACUACACUUUUUACCGUCAGCAACAGCUUUACUAGUACGCGCAACCUUUUGAAAACUUCAGUAGCAACUAUUUUAUUUUUGUCCAGUAGCAGGCUCUGUCUUAGUCUUCCUAUCAAAUAAAAUUUUUUCUCGUUCUCGGCAGCAGUUGAUUUUUCUAAGGUGGGAGCCAAAGAUGCUUCGCCAAGUUUUCCUUUUUUACUGAAAUAGCGCUAGACGCAUGAGAUGAGAGAACACCUUUCAAGAUGGAAGCGGUUCCGUGUGACCAUCCUGAACAAACGACAACAUCUAGAGGUGGCAGGUUUUGUGAGAUCAUUUUGAAAAACGAAAACAAUCGGAAUCCUCCUGGAUGGUUGUAUUGGCCACCCUUAUAUCAGCUGCGAAAAUGUCUGGGUCUGGAAACUUGUGAUGCUGGUUGGCGAAUCAAGAGAACGCCAGAAAUGUUGACGGCUCAGCAUGACAGGUUUUUGAGUCGCUAGGUGUUGCCUAUUCUGCAUGAGAAACUGGGUUUUUGCAUGACACAAAAGUGGCGCUUUCGGGCACCUUGCGUGACAGACUUGACAGUCAUGCUAGCAGAGCACGCCAAACCUGGCAUCUUUCCAGACCCAGACAUUUUUGCAAUCCAUACCUUACUAGGGGCCGAAGGAAUUACUAUAUAUAUAUAUGCAACCAGACUGCUGGGCAAAAUGGAAGCAAAGGCUGUUUUGA